GAGCAGCAGAAGGAGGUGAAGGUGGAGGUGGAGGUGGAGGGGGGGAGUCGGCGGUCAUCAUCACCACCACACCACAUAUCACCGUUGAGCUUUCGAGACCGAACGCUGAGGCCUUACAUAGCCAGCCAUGAUGGCGUUGCCACAUAAUGAGUCCGGUAGCGGCAGAAGCCGGCGACGCUCAGCCGGCUCCUCCCAAGAUCGCGACAGCCCGAUCGACGUCGGCAAGGUGCUUGAAGAGGCCAAACGCAGAUGGCUGCGUCCUCGCGAAGUGGAAUACCUUAUCAGGAACUACAGACUGCAUGCGUUCUCCUUGGCUACGGAGCCAGCAAAGCGACCAAAAAGUGGUACAUUGUACCUGUUCGACAAAAAGAGGUGUCGGUAUUUCCGGAAGGACGGGCACGACUGGCAGAAGAAGAACGACGGGAGAACGGUGAAGGAAGCGCACGAAAAGCUCAAGGUAGAGAGCGUGGACAUUCUCCACUGUUACUACGCGCGUUCCUCGGAGAACGAGCUGUUCCAACGGCGGAGUUACUGGUUGCUGGACAGGAAGGGAGAGGAGUCGUUCGUGGUGCUUGUCCACUACUUGGAAGUGACGGAAGAGUCCGGGCGCCCGCCAAGGUCGCUCUCAGAGAGCGCAAGGCAGUCCCGUUCUGCGGCAUCUGCGUCCUCGUCGGUUGGCUUGAUCGAUCCCGUUGCCUCGUAUAACUUCGGUCCGAACGUCGGCGGGAAUCGUCCAGGCAGCAACACCAGCAACAACAUCAGCGCCGUGGGGACCAAUAUGCAUCAGACACUUGCAGCAGGAGGAUUAGGAGGAGGAGGAGGAGGAGGAGGAGGAGGAGGAGGAGGGUGGGUGGUGGAGGGCAAAAGCUGGCAGCAGGUGGAUUCGAAUCUCGGCGGGAAUCGUCCAUGCAGCACCACCGACAACACCAAGAGCGGCGUGGGGAGCGAUGUGAAUCAGAGACCUCUAGGAGGAGGAGAAGGUGGUGGGUGGGCGGUGGAGGGCAACAGCUGGCAACAGGAGGAUGACGAGGAGAGAGAAAGAAGGCGAUUGAAUGACCGCUCGGCCACUCUCUGGAAGAAGUCGGCAUCGUACAAGGUGAGGGAUCGGAACAUGGGAGAUGACGAAGUAUCGAGUUCGGGAUCUGCCGAGGAAAGGGACGACAGGGAGACCGUUUCUGUUGGCGAGAUGGAUUUCGUGCUGAAUGACGACAACAAAAACGUGGGUGUCGCGUUUGGAUCCCUGUGCAUCGGCUAUUAUCAAAAAGAGGUAGAAAGGGUAGAAGACGUGGAAGGGGAAAAGGAAGAAGGAAAAAAAGAAGAGGAAGAGCAAACGAGAGUAAGCCAACAACAGCAGCAGCAAAGGGAAGACGAAGAAGACGAUGGGAAGGAGGAGGACGACGACGACGACGAAGCGGAGGAAGAGGAGGAAGAGGAAGAAGAGACUGCAGACCUGUUGGUUCCUAGCUGCGAGCUUCUGUCGUGCUUGAGGUUUUCCUCCAUGGACAUGCUGAAGAUUAAGAUAUCAUCGAGGUAUACCACCAGUGAACCGGCCAAUCUGUUCGCGGAGUACCUUGUCCAUGAGGCUUUGGAAGGUGGCUGGUGCGUUCGUGAGACCAAAAGACAUUACGGUAAACUCGUAAAGCCCAUCACGCAUUUUGAAUGCAGUCUUGUGCUGGUCCGUAGGAUCGACUUCAAUCGGGUGGUAGCCAGACUUGAGAUCGAUCUUGGAGAAGACCUUGCACCCCCCUGCGACAUCAAGCAAGUCAUCUGUACGAGGCAAUGGAUAGGCAUUCUCUCUUGUGAUGCGGUUUAGACCGCGAUAGUCAAUACAUAUGCAGAGUUUGCCUCCUUUCUUUGGAACAAACAACACAGGAGCAC